AUGCUCCCUCGUCUAGGGUUGGUAUGUUCUUUUUCUCCUCCCGCAUUUCUUCACGCUGAGCUAGGUUCUUCACAGCCGCCAGCUAGUCACCCUCCACCUACCACUCUAAGAUUUCCUUCUGAUUUUCGUGGAAGCGCCGCCUUUCCGCGGCGCGCGCUGAGUCACCUGUUUCCGCCGCUAGCCAUCGCCCCCUCGAGCCGUCAACUGCGCCUUCUCCGCCGCCGCCUCUCCAUCGGUAGCGCCUUCCGCGCGCCCAUCGACAUGUCGCGCCGGGGCUUCCCGCCAGUUGCGCCGCCAGCGGCGGUUCUGGUUGUUCUUCUCCUCGUCGCAGCGGCAGCUGGCGGCGUGCGCGGAUUGCGCGGGAAUGCGGCGGCGCAUCCCCGCAAGCUGGCUGUUGGCGCCGGAAGCGGAGACUCUCCGCGGAGGAGAGCGGCGGAGCUAGUGAAAGAAUCCUCCCAUGCUUCCGCAAUGGCGGAGGCGCAUAUUCCGCCGCUGCAGCUGGUCCUUGCGGAAGAAGGGCGCGCGGAGGGCGCAGUGUGCUUGGACGGAUCGGCCCCGGGGGCGGCGCAUGGUGCUCGUCCCCGCAUGCCUGCGCAUUUCUACAAUUGGAACGCCGUGUAUUUCAUCUACUGCGAUGGCGGCUCCUUCUCAGGCCACCAGGACCAGCCCGUUCGCUUCAAUGGCAUUCCGCUGUACAUGCGGGGAAGGAAAGUGGCGGACCUGCUGGUGAAGCACCUCAAGGAGAAGAAGGGGCUUGGCCACGCGGAGAAGGUGGUUGUGUCGGGGAGUUCAGCGGGGGGAGUGGCACCGCUGCUGCACUGCGAUCGAGUGAAGGACUCUCUCACAGCCGCCUCUCCCCACAUGCGAGUGCGCUGCCUUGCGGAUGCCUCCAUGUUCCUCGACAUUCCAGACAGCGACAACAACAGGAGGAUUGCAGCAUUCUUUUCUGAAGUGCAGACCAUGCAUAAUCUGACCAUCAGCCUCCCACCAGCGUGUGUCAAGGAUCGAGCGCUAGAGCAGCAUCAUCAGUACUUCAUGGCCAACCAUAUUUUGCAAUACGUCUCCACGCCUCUCUUCCUCAUCAACAGCAACUACGACAAAGUCGCGAUGAGGGCCAUUACACAACCACAGGUGUUGGAUUCGGGGUUAACGGCCCCACCUGACUGUUUUGAUCAUCUCAGCACCUGCACUGCCAAAGAGAAGCAUAUCUUUGAAGACUACCGCAAGGCAGUGGCGAAUGCAGUGGCACCUCUCGUGCACUCCACACCCACCAACGCCGUCUUCCUCUUCUCCUGCUUCCAGCACGGCUCCAUUCACUCGGACGUCCCGUGGAUGAUGCGCACGGCCAAAGGCGUGGCGAUGUACGAAGCUGUGAGCCGCUGGAUGCACAAAGGUGACAAGAUAGAUCUCAUUGAGGGGGCGUAUCCGUGCAACUCCUGCAUCAUGGCGGAGGAGUAA